GGGCCAUGCGGCGAUCGGAGCACAACAUGCAUAUUUUCAAAAUGAUUCACUGAAAACCGUUAAUUUUUUCCUAGAAGUGAAUAAAUGUAUCUGUAUUUAUAAAUAUAUGCUUUCACUGCUGCCACCAACUGUUCUGGAGGGGAACUGCUGGUUCUGAAGGCGAGCUCUGAAUUUGAGUCGCCUCGUCAUGGGAACGGCAGGGAAGGAAUCCUGGCCAAUCCCCAUUGGCUCUCCAGAAUGUCCUGCAGUAGAGGGGAGUGCAGGUUAUUUAUAAAUAUUAAUAUUCAUUGUCAGACUUCAUUGUUGCAGAUCAAGAUUCCAGAGAAUCACAGGAAGAGGAGUCUGGAGUUUUAAUCUGAAUCUUUAUGGAGUUGUGAGUUCUUCUGCUAUGAUUCAUCAGGAUAAUCUGCUUUAUGAUGAUCAGCUGGCGAUUAGCGUCACUGACCCGGUGCUGGCUCAGACCAGACCCGGCAGUACCGACAUGGAGGGCACCCAGAAGAACGCAGGUGAGUCUGCAGGAAACAGGGGAGGCAGCCAAUCAGAGCGCAGCAGGAAACCGUUUGUGUGUGAUUUCAGAGGAGGGGGGGGAGAUCAGGAGGCUGGGGAAGAGGUUCCGGAAACUGGACCUAGAUGGAUCCGGAUCCCUACGCGUGGACGAUUUCAUGUCUCUGCCAGAACUCCAGCAGAACCCGCUGGUCCGGAGAAUCAUCGACAUCUUCGACACGGACGGGAACGGGGAGAUCGACUUCAUCGAGUUCAUCAGAGGAGUGUCUCAGUUCAGCGUCAGAGGGAACCAGCAGCAGAAGCUAAACUUUGCCUUCCGGGUCUACGACGUGGAUAAGGACGGCUUCAUCUCCAACGGCGAGCUGUUCCAGGUGCUGAAGGCCAUGGUGGGCUCCAACCUGCAGGACGCCGCGCUGCAGCAGGCCGUCGAUAAAACCAUCCUCGGCGCCGACCGCGACGGAGACGGACGGAUCUCCUUCCACGAGUUCUGCACAAUUGUGGGUGAGCUGGACUUCACCAAGAAGAUGGUGGUGGACGUCUGAUUGGACCAGAACCGUCAGCAGAACCAGGUCAGACGGGAGGUUGUGGAUCUGGUGGUGUCUCAUCAGCAUGGACACACCCAGCUGGGACACCGCUGGUCCAGAAGGUUCUGGUCCUCAAUAAAACCCAUCAAACCUGAAGUAAACCUUCUAAAUGAUCUUACUUUGACUAGA